AUGGAUGGGACACACGUCAGGUGGGAUGCCAUGAACAACUGCACCGAUCAGCAGUACUGGGACACCCUCGUCUGCCAGUGCAUCCCCUGCAGCCUCGUAUGCGGCCGGCCCACAGUGAGGAGGUGUGCUGCCCUGUGCGAGUCCAUGGACUGCAACAGGAGAGCCGGCUUCUACUACGACAAGCUCCUGAAAAAAUGCAUCAACUGCACCACGAUCUGCGGGCAGCACCCGAAGCAAUGCGCCCUGUCCUGCGAAACCCUGCUCCUGGGCUGGACCCACCUGCGGAGGAAGGGAGAGGUGGUCUCCUGCCAAGCCAGCGCUGGGACCUGCCACCGCAGGGAGGACUCCUCCAAAGAUCGUCUGGUGGAAGCGGGCAGCGUUGGUGAUGGAUCCACCGGCAGCAGGGUCCCAGAGCCGGUGGAAACCUGUGGCUUCUGUUUCCCUGGACACGGCUCUGCUGUACAAGAGACCAAAUCAUGCCACAGCACCUCCUACCAUAUAGGGGAAAGAGCUGCUCCCUCUCACACGGGGAUAUGCAGCACGGGAAGCGCUGGGGCCAUUCCCAGCCCUGAUGAUGGCCACUUCAAAAUCAUCUGUUCUCCUUCACAAGAGAAGACGCUCAUGGCAUGA